UCAGCUCACACGAAGGCGGGACGUGUUCCUUGGCUCUGAUUGGUUCUGUUACACGUCCUUCAAGCGUCUCAACCCUGUCAGUUCGGCUCAUCCAGCAAAGGUUAAUCUGGAGCGGAUGAAGCCGUGGCUUUAACUCUGAGGUCAGAAUGCAGUUCCUGGGCCGCAUCAUUGGGACGGUGAGCAGCGUGUUCACCAACCCGUACCGAGUUAGGGAGGUCCAGCUGUCGGAGUAUAAGAAUAAAGUGAAGAUGAAGCAGGAUGGGAGGACGCUGUUGUACAGGGACUCUUCGUCCCAAGCCUGGGAUUGUGUCCUCGUCAUGCCUGACAAUACAGUAGCACUGAGGUUGUUCCAAGUGACGUCGGAGGAAGACGCUGCGAACUGGUUUCCUCAGUAUGCCCUCAAGCUCCGCCCCUUUUACGAAACUCUCCGCCCGCCUCUCAAACCCGAGACGCUCCAACAGAUAGUCGAUAGUCUACGGAACCACCCGGACUGGAGCUCCGCCCACAUCGCCGUAUACACCGGCUUUCGGGACUGCCUGAAGCACAACCACGUUUUGAGUCAGAUGAACGUGCGGGAUUCUCAGGGCCAGACGCCACUGCACCUGGCAUGUGAACGCGGUGAGGUGAGCUGCGUGCGAGAGCUGUUAGAGGAAUGCCAGGCUCGCACCGACAUCCGAGAUAAGAACGGUGACACGCCCAUGCACUGUGCGGCCAAGCAGGACUCUGCCGUCAUCGUGGAGGUGCUGUGCUCUCAGCUCUGUCCCGGUGUGAACGAGCUGAACCUGGUCGGAGAGACGCCGCUGCAUGUCGCAUGCCGUUUGGGAAAGACUGAGACUGCCAGGGCGCUGAUGGGAGGUGGAGCUCAAACCAACAUCGUCGGGGGCUCUGGCUAUCCAAUACACACAGCCAUGAAGUACAGCUCCAGGGGCUGUGCCGAGGUCAUCCUAGCUGAUGAUUUAAGUCAGCUGCAGGCUGAGGACCCGGUGUAUGGAGGAACCCCUCUCCACUGGGCCAAGACUGCCGAAAUGACUCGCCUGCUGCUGGACCACGGUUGUGGCGUGAACUAUCUCAGCAAAACCGGUGACAGUCCAUUACACAUCCUGUGCAAGAGGGAGCGCUACGAGGCUGCCAUGACCCUGCUGACCCACGGGGCCGACCCCAACCUCAAGGGCGAGAACGGGAACACGGCUCUGCACCUAGCCAUGAAGCAGCUGGACAACAUUGACCUGAUAAAAGCACUCAUUGUGUUUGGAGCUGACCUGGAGAUCCACAACGACCUGGGAGAGUCGCCGGGUCUGAUCGCAGCUCGCACCAGCAAGGGCUCCAACCGUAAGGUGUUGCUGAAGAUGCUGCAAUGCGUCGGGGUCGAGCGAUGUCACCCCCCCUCCACCGACUUCCUAACCCCCAUCAACAACAGAGCCCCUCCCCCAUCCAUAGGGUUUAACGACCUUGUCCACGCGGCGGCCGCGAUCUCCGCCAUCAGCCGAGGCUACGUAGAAGUGGACGGUCUCAGGACAAGCAAAAACGUGGACAGAUUGCUGUGUCUGGAUGGAGGAGGUAUCAAGGGCCUGGUUCUGAUCCAGAUGCUGAUUGCGUUGGAGAAGGAAGCGGGUCGGCCAGUCCGAGAGCUCUUCGACUGGGUGGCUGGGACCAGCACCGGCGGCAUCCUGGCUCUGGCUGUCACUCACGGUAAAUCAAUGGAGUACCUGCGCUGCCUGUAUUUCCGGAUGAAGGACCAGGUGUUUAAAGGCUCGCGGCCGUACGAGUCAGCACCGCUGGAGGAUUUCCUCAAGCAGGAGUUCGGAGAGGAAACUAAGAUGACUGAUGUCAGACACCCAAAAGUGAUGGUCACUACUGUUUUAGCGGACAGACAUCCCGGGGAGUUGCACUUUUUCAGGAAUUACGACGCCCCUACUAUACCCCGAGACCCUCCAUAUGCUUCCACAACCACUUUCAAACCACUCACCACCCCACAAGGAUGGGAGGAUGAGGAUUUGUUGAUAGUGGGAUACACUCAGGAACCUGUCAGAAAGCGUAGGAAGGUGACGGAUGAAGAGCAGGUUGUGUGGCGCGCGGCCCGGGCCAGCGGUGCAGCCCCCACAUACUUUCGCCCGAUGGGUCGUUUCCUAGACGGUGGGCUGCUGGCAAAUAACCCAACGCUCGACGCCAUGACUGAGAUCCACCAGUACAACAAAUCAUUGAAGGCUCAGGGUCAGGGUGAUGAAGAGUGUCGUCUAGGUGUGGUGGUGUCUUUAGGGACAGGGAAACCUCCACAGGUGCAGGUGAACUCUGUGGACGUGUUUAGACCCUCAAACCCUCUGGAGCUGGCUAAAAGCUUCGUAGGAGUCAAAGAGCUGGGCAAGAUGCUGGUGGACUGUUGCACUGACUCCGAUGGGUGUGCAGUAGAUCGAGCCAGAGCUUGGUGUGAGAUGACUGAUAUAAGCUAUCAAAGGCUGAGUCCCCAGCUCUCGUGCGAGGUCCUUCUGGAUGAAGUGAGUGACUCCGUUCUGGUGAACAUGCUGUGGGAGACGCAGAUGUACCUGUAUGAGAACCGAGAGCUUAUACAAUCCCUCGCACAGCAGCUCCUACGGCCCUGACACACACACACACACGCACACACACACACACACACACACACACACACACA